AUGGCUGCAUUUCAAAGUCAGGCAGCAGAGUCGCCAGCAACAAUGACUCAUGCUGAGCUUCAAACAAUACUCGCUCAAAUGAGUCACAGCAUCUGCACUGUUACGAACCAGGUUCACGAAUACGGCAAAUUGCUUCAAGAGUGUCGAAGUAAAGUGGCCGAAGAGCAGAGAAUAUGCUCGAUCUACGAGAGCCUCUAUGCAGCAGAGUUAGCUGACCACGCAAAGAGUUCCCAAACUCUUCAGAAAUUAACGCAGGUGUGCAGCAAGCUGCACGACGAAAUUCACCGGGAAAUAAGCCCAGAUCGUAGGAGACUUGUCCCUCCCGAAGCACCAGAGUCCACGACUUCCGAGGCAGAUGAAAUUUACCAUGACUCCGCCAUGUUUAUGGAACUUUUCGGGGAGGAGCUUCCUCUCGACUGUAAUUAUGAUGAUUUUUGGUCUCCAAAAACAAUCAACGGCCUAGAAGAUUGA